CGGCCACGCAGGCGAGCCCAGCGACCGGGUUUCUAUUCCCGGGGACCUAGACUUGAAAAAAACUCCAGCCAUCCGCGGCCCCCGUCCUCCGCAAGAGAGAGAAAGAAAGAAAAAACCUCCGGCCAUCGGCAUCGAUGCGAUUCGGCUGGGGCGGCCUCGCGUCCGGUGCAGGGGUGGUGGUUCCGCGGCCGGGGUCGGUGGGGCGCCGCCGUCCUGCGUCGGAGUCUCCCGGGUCCUGAAGAUCCGUCGCCGAGGGGAGCGAUUUCGGGGUUACUGUUUUGAUCAUGCUGGGUGGCUGUCUGUGGCAGAGGGGAUGGAAUGCUGAUUCUUUGGGGAGGAAUUGAUUGAGGCAGUAGGCGGCUGAUUUGAUAACAACAGUAGUUCAGUGUGGUUGUAUCUGAGGAAGAGGAGCAUUUUUCCCUUUGAUUUGGUGCUUUUUCCUGCGGCCGCCGGCGGCGAGCAAACGUAUUGAGUGGCCAUGGAGCAUAUUAUUGCGGGCAAGUUUAAGCUUGGGAGGAAGAUUGGGAGUGGCUCCUUUGGGGAGCUAUACCUUGGUAUUAAUGUACAGAACGGAGAGGAAGUGGGAAUAAAGUUGGAACCCGUGAAGUCGAAGCAUCCACAGCUGCACUAUGAAUCCAAAGUUUACAUGCUGAUGCAGGGUGGAAGCGGCAUCCCACAUCUGAAGUGGUAUGGUGUCGAGGGAGAGUACAAUGUUAUGGUGAUUGAUCUUCUUGGCCCAAGCCUGGAGGACUUAUUUAACUCCUGCAACAGGAAAUUUACUAUGAAAACAACCCUUAUGCUUGCUGAUCAACUAAUAACACGGGUGGAAUACAUGCAUUCCAAAGGAUUUCUUCACCGUGACAUCAAGCCAGACAACUUCCUUAUGGGCUUAGGCCGGAAAGCUAAUCAGGUCUAUAUAAUUGACUAUGGGCUUGCUAAGAAAUACAAGGACCUCCAGACUCAUAAACACAUCCCCUACAGGGAGAAUAAAAAUCUGACAGGAACAGCACGCUAUGCUAGUGUAAAUACUCAUCUUGGAAUAGAACAAAGCAGGAGAGAUGAUCUAGAGUCUGUUGGUUAUCUUCUACUGUAUUUUUUGAGGGGAAGUCUCCCAUGGCAGGGUCUUAAAGCUGGCACUAAGAAACAAAAGUAUGAUAGAAUUAGUGAAAAGAAAAUGCUUACCCCGGCAGAGGUUCUGUGCAAAUCUUAUCCAUCGGAGUUCAUCUCAUAUUUCCACUAUUGUCGUUCCCUGAGAUUCGAAGACAGGCCAGAUUACUCUUACUUGAAGAAACUGUUUCGGGAUGUAUUUGUUCGUGAAGGAUAUCAAUUUGAUUAUGUAUUUGACUGGACCGCACUCAAGUAUCCUCAUAUGAGUUCCAGUAAACAGCUUGUUCGGCAACCGAGUGGAAGAUUGGCUGGAGUUGGGCCAUCUGUUGAGAGAACAGAAAGACCUUCAGGACAAGAGAUCCGGGAUAGAUUCACCGGUGCUGUGGAGGCAUUUGCCAGGAGAAACUCGAGCUCCGGUCGCCACGGAGACCAUUCGAGGCACAAAAGCAUUGCGGAUUCAUUCAGUUCAUCUAGAGAAGCUCUUGCUGCUGAUACGGAGAAAACACACAUCUUGUCCCGGACUGGGAGCUCAUCGAAGAUGGCUGCCAUGCCAUCCAGCCGGCCAACCUCUUCAGGGGACUGCACCGGUCGGUUGUUCUCGGGAAGUGGCGGCAGCAGCAGCCGCCCAUCAUCGUCGACCGUCCAAAGGCUCCACCAAUCCGGAGGCAGCGGUGCGGAGAACGGCUCGUCUCCACCCAUCGCCCGGAACGCCCCAGGGAGAUCAAGCCGACGGGACAGCCACGCGGCACUCCGGAGCUUCGAGCGUCUGUCGAUCAGCGCUGACAGAAGGAAGUGAUCGACGGCUCUGGAGGCGAUGACAAUUGCCAAGGAUUUAACACCUGUCGAUCUGUGCACUCACAAGAGUUCAGCAGACAUGAACAAUGACUUGAUGACGAAUGGUUAAGCAGAAUGGCCAGGAAAGAGCGGUGUCCUGGUUGCCAUGCAUGCAUGUUCUUUCUUCAAACUCCAAAUGAGAUGUUUGUCAUAUAAGAUCAUGAGCUAGAAGUAUGUAAUUCUUUUCAACGGCAAAUUCGGCUUGAUGUGUACCCCUCUUCUUCCAGUAUAGGACUUUGAAUCAUAGGGAAGAAGAGGCUGCCAAAUUUAUAUAUUUAUCGAUCUUCUAUGAUCAUAGUUUCAUAAGAAUCUUGGUGUUCUCUCACAUUUUAGUUGUU